AUGCAGUUGCUUAACUUUGACGGGAAUAAUGCCCGUAAUAUUAUUCCAGGCUCUCAUCGCGGGAGAAGACGACGCGUUUUGCAAGACUUCGACCCAAACCUCAGCGAUCCCGAUGAUAGCCCUUCUAGUCCCGUCACUUCCACCAAGAAUGUGAUGGACGGGAGGAGAACCCGAGGCGCUUUGGUAUACCCCGGCCAAUACCACGACCCCAGCGAUGAAAGCUCUUCUGAUUCCGUCACUCCUGCCAAGAAUGUGAUGGGAAAGCCCCAAUCGGCAAACGGAAAGAUGCCAACUUCAAAGGAUGAAGAAAACGAAAGAGAAAUUGCUCAGCUGAAGGCCAUACAGGAACUUUAUGCUCCUAAGAAUAUCAGAGGCAAAGCCGCAAAGCCCAAGAACGUCUCUUCAUCAGAGGCUGGAGCUAACAACCCAUAUUCUGACCAAUACCCGGUAUCUCGUCAAGUCUUUGAUCUCGAAAAGAGAGCUCAAGAAUUGCAGGACAAACGUGAUUACUUCCAGAAUCAAUGCAAUGAGCUCACCUUGAUCGUGGAACGCCUCAACAAAGCAACAAAGAAGGAGAGAGCUGACCACGAAACAAAAUGUGCUACCCUCAAGGCUGCCAACGACGACAUGGCAAAACAGCUCGAGGAAGAAAAAGAUAAAGUCAAAGAGCUCCAAUCCCAGAACGAAAGCCUUAUCCAAGACCUCGCCGCCGCGUCUGAAAGGAAAGACUUCUUCGCUAAGAUGCUUGAGGAGAAGACCUACGAGUCGUGGAUAUUCCGCUGCGCCCUUGCCGUCGUCUUCAAGUCCACCCCGUCCACUCGAGAGCGCAUCGCAAUGCGAAAACUCAUCUGCGAUUGUUUCGCUGCCCUGAAGCAGAGACGCGAUCAAGACCGCGCUCUUCAGCAGGGAGACCAAGCCCAAGAUCAGAAUAACAGCAACCGCGUUUCUGAGGAAGCCGCCGAACGGCCUGGAUCAUCUUUGUAG